UAUAAAUGCAAUAUGGCCUCGCUGGUCACCUCCCUCGUCAACGCCCUGACAGGCAACUCGGACAGUCUCUGCUCCGUCCUGGCCGAUCAUGGCUUCCAGGUUCAGUAUCCGCUCUCGCUGUCGUAUACCCACGACUUGACCAACUACUGGUCGGCGGCAUGCUGGGAUCUCCAUCCAGAAUGCAUGGUUGUGCCAAACAAUGCCCAGGAGAUGUCGGAUGUAAUCACCGCGCUGGGGUACACGCAGGACCAGUUCGCGGUGAAAUCGGGCGGUCACUCGCCUAACCUUGGUUUCUCAAGUACGCAGGGCGGCCUGCUAAUCGUCACGAAGGAUCUCGAUCAGGUUGUGUAUGAUCCGUCCACCCAGACGGCUGUUAUUGGGCCGGGGCAGAAAUGGGAGGAUGUGCAGGGGAAGCUGGAGGGAACAGGGCGGGCGGUUCUCGGCGGGAGGCUGGGAGGUGUAGGUGUUGGAGGGUUACUUCUAGGAGGUGGUCUCAGCUACCUCAGCCCGGAGUAUGGCUGGGCAGCGAACAAUAUCCUCAACUACGAGGUCGUGCUGGCGAAUGGCACCAUCGUCAAUGCAAAUGCAAACGAGAACUCGGAUCUCUUCGCUGCCUUGAAAGGUGGAGGCAGCUCUUUUGGCGUUGUCACUUCGUAUACCGUUCAGACACGCCCGAUGGACCACCCCGUUUGGGGAGGAAAUUACAUCUUCUCUGGAGUUGAUACGGCGAAGAUGCUUGCUGCUCUGCAGGACUUUGUCGAGUACUACCCGGAUGAGAAGGCUUCAAUUAUUUUGACCAGAGAGCACGCACCAGCGCUCGAUAUCUGGGUCAUGUUCCUGUUUUAUAAUGGAGAGAAGCCCCCGGCAGGUAUCUUUGACAACUUUACUGCCUUGAAUCCAGUUGACCAAACCCGGACAUAUGACCGUUAUACCGACCUGCUGAAAAACGGCGACAAAUAUAUCAUUCACGGAAGCCGAUACAGCGUUGCAGGCGAAACACUGCCCGUCCCGAAAGGCAUGUCGCCCGAGGUCUUACAGUCCAUCUUUGAUUUUUGGCUUGACGUAAACAACGAGGUACUGCUGGAGACCGGUAUGGUUGGAACCAUCGCCUUCCAGCCUUUCCCACGGAGCAUCGCACAGAAAGCCUUGGAGCUCGGAGGAGUCAGUCGCUUCCUAGGUACAGCUUUCAACUAACGGCUGCUAACCGGGAUUUAGGAUCUGCUUGACUUUCCCCCAGACCAGGACUAUAUUCUCAUUCAGAUCACCCUGCAGUGGAUACUGGGGCUGUCCGACGCUCGGAUGCACGAUGCCACGCAGAAGCUCUUCAAAGGAUUUGGUCGCUUGAUCGAGGAGUACAUUGCUAAUGGAACUCUGCCAGAUGUCUAUCGUCCGUUGUAUAUGAAUGACAUCGACGCUGGCCAAGAUUACUGGAGUCGACUGAGGACGCGGGAUCGGGCCCUGCAGACGAGACUCAAGUAUGAUCCCGCGGGAUUCUUCCAAACGCGGACCAGUGGGUUUCGCUUGUCCUGAGUCCUGAUAAAUGGAAAAUUGCAUUGGUUGCGAACUUGCGAUACUGUGCUGUAGCAAUAAUCAUUAAUUUAGUUCUUUUGCAUC